AUGGCUCAUUGGAUCUCCUCUAAGCUCAGAGCCGCUGAAACCCUACUCCAACAGAUCGAUCAGCAAGCUGCAGAAUCACUCAGAAAGAAUGAUAAGUUGCUAGCAGAUGAUCAAUUACGUGGUGAAAGUUCACCAAGAACACCUGAUACUAAGCCAUUAAUAAAGGACCAGCUGAAGAAAAAACAUACUGAAAAUGUGUUAAACCAAAGUUCUCUCAACAUGGAUAAACCGAGUUCAAAUGUCAUCAGUAGAAAUAACAGUGUUAUUUAUCGGGAUGACGAUACAACAUUGUCCACGAACCAAAGUUUAAAGUCAAGUAUGAGUGGAGGACCCUCAGAUGGUGAUUGGACAGAAUUGCUCAGUUUGCCGGAGAAAAAAAGAGUAUCUGGUGGAGGAAGUUUGGGCCGGAGUAGUAAUCGAGUAUCGGGAAUUCGGACCCUGAAGCAAGAUAAGAAGAACUUGGGCAGUUCUAGUCCAGGAAAGAAUAUCUCUACGGUUGAUGGGAAGGGUAAAAAAUUAUCGACUAAUGGGGUCUCCAAGAGUUAUAAAAAAACAAAUGUUGAGUUGGAGAAUAGCACCAGUUCAGAUUUUGAUGAGAAGGCAAGUAAUGUUGGGGAUGUAACACCAAGAACAUCAAGUUCCCAGUCGCCAAGUAGUAGAGGUGAAUCGGGUUACAUGAACAGUGGCUUGACACUUGCUGUUAGUAACCCCAAAAUUGAGAACAUGGGGAAAGUUGAAGUUUUGAAUGAUUCUGUGGAUGGAGACAAGGUACAGAAUAAUUCAGACAAUUCCUGGCAAAUUAUGCCAAUUUCUCGUGAAAAUGAGCUGGAUACGAAGGUGGGACUGGAUAAUGGUGAGGCGUUUAAGAGGGAUUCUAGUGCAAGCAAUAGGUCUUUGGGUUCUGUGAAGACGGUAUCUUCUCAACCAAGUGAUGGAGAGUCAUCCAAUACAGAGACAGAUACUUCCUCCUCAUCAGAUUCGGAGAGUGAAAGAGAAAGGGAAGAAAGGAGAAAGAGGAGGCAACAGAUGUUAGCUGAAAGAGCUGCUGCAAAAGCAGCCCAGGCAAUUAUAGAACGUGAGAAUUUGGUUGCUAGAUUGGAAGGGGAGAAACAAAGUUUGGAGAAAAUACUUGAAGAGCGAGCCAAACUGCAAGUAAAGGAGGCUUCUGAGUUACAGUCAACAAUGAUGGAAACAUUGGAAGCAGUUGAGCUGGAGAAGCAGAAACAUAAUAAUACUCGAAUGGAAGCCCUAGCACGAUUAGCAGAACUUGAGAGUGCAAAUGCUGAUCUCACAAGGUCUCUUGCUAAUGUACAGAAGAAUCUUGAAAUGGAGGUUGAUUGUAUUGCUGAGCUUCGUCAACAAAUCCAUGUGAAGGAAACAAUCCAUGAAGAAUUGAGAAGGAAAAUAUCAAGCAUGCACGAAAAUGAUGGCAAACCAAGAGUUACAAAAGGUCUUGAAUUUGAACUGGGGAUGCUCAAGGCAGAAUAUUCCUUCAUAAAUGAUAAAGUGGGAAGAAUGCAAGAUAAGGCAAAGACUCUAGAAACAAGCAUCGGGACCACCCAAAGAGAAAUCGAAAACCCAACUGAAGUAGAGAUUGAGCUCAAGCGCAGGCUUCGUCAGUUGACUGACCACUUGAUUCAGAAGCAAGCACAGGUGGAAUCACUUUCCUCAGAGAAGGCCAUGCUGCUUCUUAGAAUUGAGGCGGUUUCAAGAAUGCUGGACGAACACAAGGUUGCUAUUGAUUCAGCUGAAUAUCCCGGUGCCUCCUCAAGGGAUGACCGGGAGUUGGGUUCAUGGCGAAUCUCCAAUUCGAACCUGAGCUCUCUAUUUAGAGGAAAAAUGCAAUCAGGACAAAGGCAUUUGGGAUCAUUAGUUCAACAACUGGACUCACUUUUUUGCGUGGGUGCUAUGUUUCUUAGAAGGAACUCGACUGCUAGAACAUGGUCGCUUGUCUACUUGGCUUGCCUUCAUCUCUGGGUGAUGUACAUUCUGAUGUCACAUUCUCAAGUGUCGGAUGAUGGUCGAUCGGGUGCCGUGUUCUCCCUAGAGAAUAUUAAUAACACUGCAAGUGUCUGA